AUGUUAAAUCUUCUAUUAUCGACUAUGUCACGAUCAACUUUACGAAAAUUCACAUGUACAAAUAAUUUGUUAUACAUCGACAGUUUUCAAUGGCCUAAAGAAUCCAAUUUGAAAUAUCUGACAAUCGAUCAUUGUACACGCAAAGACUUGUGUACUAUUCUUCGUCAUUUGCUCCAUCUUCAAACUAUGGUACUACGUCAUUUCAAUUUAGACAUCCAUACUGAAUAUGAAUAUCUUUCGACCACUUACCCACAACUAACCUCAUUAACAAUGCAACAACUUUUCUUCUCAAUGGAUAAAAUUGAAUCCUUUCUUUACCUAACACCUUCACUUGUUCACCUAAGACUUGAAGGUUGUGCAGAUGAUGCUAUAUGCAAUGGUUCUAGAUGGGAAACAUUGAUUCGAACAAAAUUAUUGUCACUAAAUCAAUUCGAAUUUAGUUUUCGUUCACAAAACUAUCGUGUUGUUAAAAUGAAUGCAACUCAAUUUCGAACACCAUUUUGGCUCAACGAAAAACAUUGGCCUAUCUAUUGUAUCUACGAUUAUCCGAAAGAAGAAAUUCUUCUAUGUUCAACACCAGAUAUUUUAACAGAACUUGAAUAUAAUUUCGUUGGUCCAGUUGUUAUUUCUAAGACAAUUCAAAAUGUUUCCGUAAGUACGAACGUUGUUAGAAAACUAUAA